AUGAAGAAUGGCGGAGUCGUCGUGACACAAACAGCUUUCAAGGAAGUCUCUGUCAAUGGUAGUACCCAGCCUGCUCACGUACUGCACGCCAUUGACAGCAGGACCGGGCAGUACUAUGCGAUCCCCAUAGUCCACAACGCCAUCAAUGCCAACGACCUGAAGAAGGUCAAGGCUCCCAAGGAUCCAAACCACCUUGCAGACCAGAACGAACAUGGCCUACGAGUGUUCGACCCUGGCUUCUCCAACACAGCUGUCAGCGAAAGCAAGAUCACUUACAUCGAUGGACAAGAGGGUACAAUCCAGUACCGAGGGUAUCCACUGCAGGAUAUCAUCGGAAAGAAGAAGUUCAUUGACGUGGCUCAUCUUUUAAUUUGGGGAAAGUGGCCCUCCACCGAGGAAGCACAGGGUUUCCAAGAGCGACUCAACCGAGUUCCUCUACUAGACUACCGCGUCUUUCACGUCAUCCACUCGUUCCCCAAGGACGGUGCCAUUGUCGGCAUGCAGAUCGCCGGGCUGUCUUGCCUGCAAUCUCUCGACAUGAGCGCCGUGCCAGCCCACACGGCCAAGGCCCUGUACAUACGGAAUCCCAAGCGCGUCGACGAGCAGAUCGUCCGUGUUCUGGCGAGCCUGUCAAUGAUCACCGCCGCCUCCUACUGCCACCACGUCUCCAUCGCGUUCAAACCCCCGCGGGCCGAUCUUUCUCUCGUCGAGAACUUCCUGUUCAUGUGCGGCUUCGUCGAGACGGACACCGGACUGCCGAGCUCCCGCCACGUCAACAUCCUCGAGCGCCUGUGGGUGCUCGUAGCCGACCACGAGAUGACGUGCUCGACGGCGGCGCUGCUCCAGACAGCGUCCUCCCUCCCGGAUGUCAUCUCCUGUCUCAUCUCGGCGUUCGCCGCGGGCACGGGGCCGCUGCAUGGCGGCGCCAUCGAGGUGGCGUACAAGCACAUCGGAGAGAUCGGCUCGGUCGACAACAUCCCCGCGCGCCUUGCCGCCGUCAAGAGCGGAAAGGACCGGCUCUACGGCUACGGCCACCGCGUCUACCGCGUGACGGACCCCCGGUUCACGUUCAUCAGUGAGAUCCUCGGCGAGCUCGCCGAGGAGAUCGAAAAGGACCCCUUGCUCAAGGUGGCUCUCGCCCUCGACAAGGCUGCUGCCGAGGACGAGUAUUUCAUUUCCAGGAAACUGCGACCCAAUGCCGAUCUUUUCGCUGCAUUCGUGUACAAGGCGCUAGGCUUCCCUCCCGAGUUCAUUUUGGCCAUUUCGGCGGUAUCCCGCUCACAAGGAUUCUUGGCACACUGGAAGGAGGCCAUGGAAGGCUCGCCUCGUAUCUGGCGUCCGAGCCAACUCUAUACCGGCGAUUUGUUUAAGAAAAUGGACGAGUAA